CUUGAGGGGUGUCUUUGCCCCUUUUUCCUUCCUAUUUUAGAUCAAAACGGAACAUCGGAAAAACAACAUGGGAGCUCUUGUUAAGCUAACAGACCUUAUAGUGUUCAUCUUCUUCCUCUUGAUUGCAAUCGCAGCACCGCUUUUUGAUGCCCAAUGUAUUCUUCCCCAAAACAUUUUCCCCACCUUCGUUGUGGACCUGAAGGUCUGGUACACUCAAGAAUAUGGUGACUAUUUGGUUUCCGAGAAGCCCCAUUUCUUCGUCGGGUUGAUCUGGCUUGAGCUCCUCUUCGCAUGGCCUCUCUCUGUAAUCAGUCUCUACGGAAUCGCCGCUGGGAAAUCUUGGGUCAGCACCACCUGCUUGCUCUAUGGUGCAUCCACUCUCACUUCCAUGGUUGCAAUCCUUGCCGAGCAAAUGCAGUCCAACAGAGCAUCAGAGAAGUUGCUGAUGAUGUACUACCCAUUCUUAGGAUUUGCUUUUUUAGCAAUAUUUCGAGGUCUGGUGCCGAUUAGCAAGAGACCUGUUGUUGCAUUAAGCAGGAAGAAGAAGGCUUGAUUCUCUUGGUUAUGAAAAUGUUUGUUAAGUUUAUUGUUUGGCAUCGGGAUUGAAACCAAUUUAUAUAAAAAUGUUUGUUAAGUUUAUUGUUUGGUUUAUUUUCAGAGUAAGUUUGAUUAUUUAAGAAUGUGAUUAAAAUUAUUUCGGGCUAUGAUUUUGAUUAGAUAGGUCACCGAUGCAUAUGAUGAGCACUGCCAAGUUGUAUUUAGGAGCGGGCUUAUCGGACUGAGGUCAUGGGUGCGUAUGAUGAGCACUAUGAAGUUGGAUUUCAGAGUGGGCUUAGAGCACUGAGGUGAGAUAACAACUUUGUUGUAAGCUUCAGUUGUUAUGUAUUUCGUUCAUCCUGAAAUGAGGUGUGCUUUUGUCAGUUUAAGGAGGUUUAUUGACAAGGUUAAUAAUUCCCUAAUAAACUGUAAUUUAUUAUUUAUUACUAAAAUGAAGCAGGCUCAAUUAUAACUUAAUUCUAAAUUUCAACUUACCAGGCUGUGAGUUUGGUGUUCAUUUUUGAACGGGA